AGUACUAUAUAUACACAGCGUAUUCCCAGCACCAUGCAUAUCCAGUCAGGAAAUUCACAUACUCACUUUUUAUCCCAAAGAUCAUCAUGGGUAGCUUUACAGAAGAGCAAGAAGCUCUGGUUGUCAAGUCAUGGGAUUCCUUGAAGAAGAAUGCCGGCGAAUGGGGUCUCAAACUCUUUCUCAAGAUAUUUGAGAUUGCACCAUCGGCUAAGAAACUGUUCUCAUUCCUCAAAGAUUCAAAUGUGCCCUUGGGGCAAAAUGCCAAACUCAAGCCUCAUGCUAAGUCUGUCUUUGUUAUGACUUGUGAAGCCGCAGUUCAACUUAGAAAAGCAGGAAAAGUAGUGGUGAGGGAUUCAACUCUCAAAAAGUUGGGUGCUACGCACUUCAAAUACGGCGUCGUUGAUGAGCAUUUUGAGGUAACAAAGUUUGCCUUGUUGGAGACAAUCAAAGAAGCUGUUCCAGAUAUGUGGAGCGUUGAUAUGAAGAAUGCGUGGGGCGAGGCCUUUGAUCAGUUGGUCAAUGCUAUCAAGACCGAGAUGAAGUAGACUUCUUCAUCCUAUCCUACAAAGUUGAAUGCAAACAUAUACUAAUAGUAUUUGUUUUUUUCAAAUUUUCAUCAAAAUGUAAUACGUAGCUCCUGUUGGGUUAUGUCUUUCGUGUAUGUGUAUGAAAUACUAUGAAUUACUACAUUUUUCUAAAAGAGGAA